AUGGUGCGCAGCCUGAAGUGCGAAUUCAAAGAAGUUGCGCACAUCGUGCCAGUGCACAGACUAGACGCGGAGUUCCUGCACAAGAUGCUGAAAGAUGUGAUUUGCGGGCUGGAAAAGAUUGGGUACCGCGUUGUCCUGCAGAGCACCUUGCCGACUAUUUCCACUGACCAGCAUUGGGAAUGUGUACGGAAGCAGGUACAGGCCUUGCAUCCCAGCUGUAACGUAGUUGUAAGCAGCGAGACGCUUUCGAAGAUACAGGACAUCCUUCCGAUCCUGGUCUACGUUGCAGAAUAUGCCGUGUACGUGACCCUCAAAAAGUUGAAUUGCGCGAAAUGCAAGGACGCGUUGACUGUGGAUAAGACAAUCACAGUGUCUGCCGCCCAUGAACACUAUGAUCUCGUGAAGCAGUUAGACCGAGGAGGUCUAGUGUACCCAUCGAUGUUUGCGCUUAAUGCUGUUGCUCACAACUACGUUGUCGUAGAGCAGCUCGCUACGCAACCAGAACUGCUACUAAUGCCCGAACAGCGCCAGGUCAUCACGAAGCUGACGCUGCAUUUGCUGGCCAACGAAGAGCCAUCUGACUUCGACGCCUGCGAGAACGGCCACACGAGUGAAUCUGCUGAAAGACAUCCUUCGGUGCAGCACGAACGUUUUACUGAAGAACUUCUGUGGAAAUCUAAACGACAAGGUUCUCGACGCUGCUGACAAGUCAAAAAAACGGAAAGCUGCA